AUGAACCACACGCGCUCUGUGAUGGAGGCGGUCCUCUCCGUCAUCACGUACAGCUUCUGCAGCGUCAGCAUGAUUCUCGUGAACAAGCUAAUCAUGAACACGUACGACAUGAACUUUCCAUUUGGUAUCCUGGUGCUGCAGACAGGUGGUGCAGUGGUGAUCGUGGCGCUGGCGAAGGCGGCACGCUUCAUUGACUACCCGGCGUUUUCAUUCGACGUGGCUAAACAGUGGCUUCCUCUCACUCUGCUCUUCGUGGCAAUGCUGUUCACAUCCAUGAAAAGCUUGGGCACGAUGUCCGUCGCGGCCCAGACGAUUCUCAAGAAUCUGGCAGUUGUCUUGAUCGCACUCGGCGACAGGUUCCUCUACGGCAAGGCGCAAACCCCGAUGGUCUACUUUUCGUUUGCGUUGAUGAUCCUCGGCAGCUUACUUGGCGCCAAGGGCGAUAGGUGGGUGACAGCGUGGGGUCUAGUCUGGACGUUUCUUAACAUUGUCUCCACCGUCUCAUACACGCUUUACAUGAAGGCUGUGCUCGGCUCUGUCAGUAACUCGAUCGGCCGUUACGGUCCUGUCUUCUACAACAACCUGCUGUCCCUGCCCUUUUUCCUGAUUAUGGGUGUCGGUGACAUGAUGCCGUUUUCGGCCGCAAUUGGUGAGACAACCACGUUUGGAAAGCUGGUGCUAGCGUUCUCGGUGCUUGUGAGCUCUGUGAUGACGUUCUCCGUCUUCUGGUGCAUGUCUAUAACCUCCCCCACCACAAUGAGCGUCGUGGGCUCACUGAACAAGAUACCCCUCACCUUCCUGGGCAUGCUUGUGUUUCAUCAGUUCCCCACCGCAACAGGUUAUCUGGGCAUCUUGAUCGCGCUUUCUGCAGGCUUCCUAUACACGCACCUCAACAUCAGGGCGAACCACGCAAAGGCUUCUUCCGAUACGGGGCACCAGAUGCAGCAGGCCGGCAAGCCGAGCGCGGAGUCCAUUGUACUGGUGCGCGCAGACGAGAUCAGCAAUGGCACCUCCAAAUCUGAGUAG